UUGCAGAUGGACCAAUCACAAAGCACAGUGAAUAGGCGUCUCUUUUUCAACCAAUAAGAGAGGGCGGUGUAUCACACGGAACUAGACAGUUCUUUACGGGUCACAGAAGUAGACAACUGUAACACUGCAGUAAUGCCGUUCAUUGAUUUAGAGACCAAUUUACCAGCAAAGAAGUUUUCAGAGGAUUUUCUGAAAAAGCUAUGCACUACUACGGCUUCAGCAUUGGGAAAACCGGAAGACAGGAUGAACUUGGUGGUUAAGGCUGACCUACCGAUGCUGAUCGCAGGGUCGUGCUCCCCGUGUGUGAUGCUGUCCGUGUCGGCCAUCGGCGUGACUGACACUGCGGAGAAAAAUAAGGAACAUAGCGCCAAAAUCUUCCAGUUUCUGACAAGAGAACUUGAACUUGGCGAAGAUCGUAUUGUUAUCAGGUUCUACCCUCUGGAGCCCUGGCAGGUUGGAAAGAAGGGAACAGUGAUGACCUUUCUAUAAGACUCAACAUUCUUUCCUUGAAACAAUUUAUUUGAAAUGUUUGGGACUAUGUGGGCUAAAAGGUCAUGAUUCAUUAUGUCAGUGUGUAUGUUACAUAUAUUUUGCAUUAAAACCUUUUUUAUUUGGU